AUGCUUCGAACGGAGCCAAUGCUUUUUGGCGUUUCGAAAGAUAUCAGACGUGAAAUACGAGCGACUUUAAAUCGAAAUUUUGCAAGUGUGAUACUAAAACUGCAUUCCGUAAGUGAAGCAAAAAUGGAAGACGGCGAUCACGGAAAAGAGAAACGCGGAUUUUGGAGGAAACGAAUCAAAUUUCGUGGCAUAUGUCAGUUAUGCAUUAUGUAUGCAUGA